AACAGAGCAUGUACUGUUUCGUAUUACACACUCAGGCAAUUUGGGAACGGAGAUAGAAAAGGAUAGAAAGAGCAGCACAGUGGGUUAGAUAGAAGCCUGAGAGCUCUGGAAGCGGGUGUAACUAGAAGGGAGUGGUUAUGUUGCGGCGUAUAGAUGUAUAGCUACACCUAUUUGUGUUGUUGAUUGCAUGGGUGCGGCCUGCAUUUAUGGAUCGGCUGAAUGUGGAAAAUGAACUCCUUUGUACCGGUCAUUCUUCUUAUAAGAGCUCUCAUAUCAGGUGUGUGUGACGCCCUGAACGUGACUGUAACCCCUGGUCCCGUUGUCAAGGUGACUGAGGGUGAGAACCUGACCCUAUCCUGCCUCGUCUCCCAGAAAAAGAGGAGUGCCAACUUCCUCGUCCUCCGAUGGCUCUUCUCCCCUCCACCCCUAUCUUACCCUCCCCCUCCCCUCCCCCCGUCCCCCUCACCUCCCCCUCCCCCCGAACAGCUGAUUGUGAAGUUGACUAUGAAGAAGAUUAAGGUUUAUGGGAACUACACGCGCCGGUUCCCCCAGCCCAAGUUCCACCUGUAUGAGGAGAGAGAGGGGAGGGUUGGAGGAGAGUUGGGGGAGGCGUAUGGACUGCUGGUUCUGAACGUGACUCGAAGGGACUGUGGGUUCUACACCUGCAGGGUCCAGGAGAUACGCAGACACAGAAACAGCUGGAAGGCUUCGUCCAAUGGAACGGCUACAGCUCAGCUUACUGUGCCCUUUCCACUGCUGGACAGCAGCGAUCAGGGAUUGUGGCGUCUAUUUGGAGAUGUUUACCUGUGUGCAGUACUUCUCUGCUCCCUGGGACUACUCUCCAUUUUCCUGUUCUCACUGGUCCUCACCUGCCAGUACCUGCGUACACGUCACACCCUCAAAAAAGCCAGUUACUACCUUGUCAAGUGUCCAGAAAGCAGCUCUGGAGAGACAGUGACCAGCUCAGUGAGCUCUUCCAGCUCAUCUCCUGGAGCCCACAGGAAGGAAAAGAGAACAAGAAGAACCCAACCAAGAGAAUCAGUAGACAUACCACCAUACAUACCAGACAAAGUGCCUGUAGCUGCAGAAAGGCAAAGACCCAGGAAGCCUAGACGUUUAAAGAGCCAACCCAGAAGGCCGGUCACGUCACGGGUUUGUGAGGAUAACCUGACAUAUGCAGAGUUGGAGAUGGUACGACCCAGGCUUGAACCGUCUUCUUCCUCUCCUACUUCUCCUUCCUCUCCCUCCAUCCCUGAGCUUCUGGCCUCCAGCCCUUCCUGCUCUGACACAGUGUACGCCCAGAUCCUAUUCCAGGAGUAACCUCACUAGAUUUUAAAUGAAACCUUUAAUAAACCAGGAAAUAACUGCAAAUACAAUUUUCUUUUUGUGAAGGUGACCUAGAAAGACAUAGUUUAGAUGCAUAGACAAUAUGGAUCCUUUGAGCUGCCUUUUGGCCUGUAACAUGCUCCACAAGACUGUAUUAGACUGCUGAGCCAAAGUUUUGCCACAAUCUUCUAACCUUUAGUUCAGUUUCAGGAAAGAACACAUUUCACUAAACUACCACCACUAAAUUUAAAAGUACAUUUAUAUGUCAACACCCUCAACGAGAUACACAAGAAAUAACCUGCUAUACACCUUGCCACUAUUUAUGAAAAUAUAUGUCCUUUUGUGUGUUGUUUGCUGGUAUUGCUGAUGGUUUUGUCUGUGUGUUCCAGAUGAUUGUUGUUAGGGUGGUGUGUAUGAUUACUUCUUUAUUCAACAAUGCUAGCUAAAUGCUAGCUAUAGCAUCACCUUGCCAAAAGCGAUAUCAUGUAUUUGCAAGAAAACUACUAAAGUUGCAAUUGAAACUAUUUAAAUGUUGAAUGUGUAAAUAGGCUACUAAUGUAUCUAACAAUGGACAUUUCUAUACACAAUGGAAGUUUGUAUAAAUCAUUUUUAACCAAACUUCACAGGAAAUAUACAGUCAUUAUUUUACGCAUUUGUAUCCUGUUUUAAUAAAGAACGUAAUGGUUUGA